AUGCUAACCAGGCGAAGCACAUUACGUGCAUAUGAUACGCAAAAAAGAAGUUAAGUACUUUGCAUACAAGCUAAUAAAAAUUGAAAAUGCCUUAUAAAAGCAGCUAAGCGAAUUAUUUAACUGCAUACCCGUUUGCUUGUUUCAUUUUAAAGAUUUACGUGAUUAUUUUAUGGGACAAGGCAGCGUCGCGCAAGUACAUGACUGGCCAUAAACGGAAGAGGAAAGAAAAGGGGAACCGCGCAGAAAGUCCAAGCGAGAGGGGGGACACACAGGCAACUUUAACUAGACCAUGCAAGUCGCAAAGAUGAAAAAAAAGGAAACACAAAAUGUGACAAACGAAACUGAUAUAUUAUUCCUCCCAAAAGUAAAAAGCAAAGAGCUGAAGUUACACCUCGUUUACCUCUCCCUAAUAUUCGUAUCUUUCGUCGUGGUGAUUACGAUAUAUGUUUGUCUCAUUCCGGGCCUAAACAUAGAAAGCAAGCAGAAGCUAAAAACGCUGAUUCCAAAAAAUUUUAAUGAUAUCGUAACAUUGAACAGCAAAGGGAAAAUUAAAAUUCUGUAUGACUCUUUAAUUUCCUACAAAAAUGAACAUGGCUUUAUAUUGCUCAUAUUGCUCUCAUUAAUAUAUAUUUUUUACCAAGCCUUCCCCUUAUUUUUAUGGUGGAUGACAGGGACGGGGAGUAUCAUAACUAUACUAAUUGGUGCGUUUUACAAUUAUGCUUUUUCCAUAUUUUAUUGUUCCCUACUUUCGACAAUUUCCCCCCUAGUGACUUACUUUAUUUUUAAGAAUUAUGGGCGUACAGUAAUAGAAUAUUUUUUUAAGAAGCCACUUACUAAGUUUGAUGAGCAGAUAAAGAAGAGAGUUAAGAGUAGACUUGAUUUGUUUUUUUACAUUGCCCUUUUAAGGUUAACUCCUGUGUUUCCCAAUGCGUUGAUAAACAUUUCGGUAGCGUCCCUCGCCCUUCCCGCGAUCCCCUUUUCGCUGGCCACGUACAUAGGGCUCAUGCCCAACACGAUCAUCCUGGUUUCCGUGGGCCAGACCAUCAGCAUGCUGUCCUCCGUUGAUAUGAAGCAGAAGUUUUACAUCCCCAUAACGUUUAUCGCCCUGCUGCUGCUUUUCCAGACGAUCAUAAAGUACAAGUACAGGGAGAUUGGGUUAUAG